AUGGUAUGGAAUGGAACAAGUUGUUCACCAGUUGUCGUAACAUCACUUAAAUGGAACGCCACUGGUAUAACUGUAGCUGGUGUAACUGGCGUUUCUGACAGCACUCCAGAUAAACUCAAUCAACCUACGGGUUUAAGUAUUGAUUCCAACGGUACACUCUACAUUGCAGAUCAAGGUAAUUGUAGAGUUCAGAAGUGGCUCAGCGGUGCCCCCAAUGGAACAACGAUGGCGGGGCAACCCAACGCCACUUGUGGUAGUGGACCUUCGCUUUUACAGAGUGCUCUAGGUGGUCUCGUCGAUUCCAAUAGCAAUGUUUAUGUGGUAGAUACUUAUAAUCACAGAGUUCAAUUGUGGUCAUAUGGUGCGUCUUUUGGUACAAUGGUGGCCGGAACAGGUUUUGGCGGUUCCGCAAACAAUCAACUAUAUUACCCUUCGGGUAUAGAAAUGAAUCCAACUACUGGUACAUUGUACGUAUCGGAUACUUGGAAUCACCGGAUUAUGAGUUACCUUGCUAAUACAUCGUCGGGUACUGUAGUUGCUGGAGGAAAUGGACCAGGCACAAAUAGUACACAGUUAUAUUGUCCGAUGGGUAUAUAUUUGGAUCUAACAUCAAAUAGUCUAUACAUUGCCAAUUAUUAUUCUCAUAAUAUUGUUUAUUGGGUAAUUGGCGCGACCAGUUGGACAUUAGUUACAGGUGAUAUCAACGGCAUGAGUGGUAAUUCGCCAACAAUGCUGUAUUGUCCGUAUGAUGUUGAAGUCGAUUACAUGGGCAAUAUUUACGUGGCUGAUAGCUAUAAUAAUAGAAUCCAGUUUUUUCAAGCUGGCUCAAUGAAUGGUACAACAAUAGCAGGCGUUACUGGAGUUUCCGGUCCCGACGCUUAUCACCUUUCUUACCCAGUUGCUCUAAAACUUGAUUCUCAGCUUAAUUUGUACGUAACGGAUUGUUACAAUUAUAGAGUUCAAAAAUUUUUACACUACUGA